GGCUGGAAGCGAGGUGUUGUCGCUGUGGUGGAGAAUGAGGAAUCACCAUCUAGUUAGCUUGCCGCUAUCUGUCUUCGACUGGGUGUAAUGAGCUUAGCCGUCGACAUCGGCGGAUCGUUCGACUCGUUUUGUUAUUGAGGCGCCAUGACGAUAAGCUGCUGACCACCGAGGAUGGACAUAAGCGAACAAUGACGGGGGAGAAAAAGAAGAAGAAGCGGCUCAACCGCAGCAUUCUUCUGGCCAAGAAAAUUAUCAUAAAAGAUGGAGGAAGUCCUCAGGGAAUCGGCGAGCCCAGUGUCUACCACGCGGUGGUGGUCAUCUUCUUGGAGUUUUUUGCGUGGGGUCUGCUCACCACCCCCAUGCUCACGGUAUUGCACCAGACAUUCCCCCACCACACAUUCCUAAUGAAUGGCCUCAUCCAUGGCGUCAAGGGUCUGUUGUCAUUUCUCAGCGCUCCCCUCAUCGGGGCCUUGUCGGACGUUUGGGGUCGCAAGUCCUUCCUGCUGCUCACUGUCUUCUUCACGUGCGCGCCCAUCCCGUUGAUGAAGAUCAGCCCUUGGUGGUACUUUGCCGUCAUCUCCAUGUCAGGUGUCUUCGCCGUCACAUUCUCUGUCAUCUUUGCGUAUGUGGCCGACAUCACGCAGGAGCACGAGAGGAGCACGGCGUACGGCUUGGUGUCGGCCACAUUCGCCGCCAGCCUGGUCACCAGCCCGGCCAUCGGCGCCUACCUGUCGGUGGCCUACGGAGACACCCUGGUGGUGAUCCUGGCCACGGCCAUUGCUUUGCUGGACAUCUGCUUCAUCCUGGUGGCCGUGCCCGAGUCGCUUCCCGAGAAAAUGCGGCCGGCGUCGUGGGGCGCACCCAUCUCAUGGGAACAGGCCGAUCCCUUCGCCUCUCUACGCAAAGUGGGCCAGGACUCGACGGUACUGCUCAUCUGCAUCACAGUGUUUCUCUCCUACCUCCCCGAGGCGGGCCAGUACUCAAGCUUCUUCCUCUAUCUCAGACAGGUCAUCCGCUUCUCAUCGGAGACGGUGGCCGCCUUCAUCGCCGUAGUGGGGAUCCUCUCCAUACUAGCUCAGACUGUGGUGCUGGGCAUCCUGAUGCGCUCCAUCGGGAACAAGAACACCAUCCUGCUGGGCCUCGGCUUUCAGAUCCUCCAGCUGGCCUGGUAUGGCUUCGGCUCGCAGCCCUGGAUGAUGUGGGCCGCUGGCGCUGUCGCGGCCAUGUCCAGCAUCACGUUCCCCGCCAUCAGCGCCAUUGUGUCUCGGAACGCUGACCCAGAUCAACAAGGCGUGGUCCAGGGCAUGAUCACAGGGAUCCGGGGCCUGUGCAACGGCCUGGGCCCGGCGCUCUACGGCUUCGUCUUCUACCUUUUCCACGUGGAGCUGACCGACACAGACGCCUCGGAGAAAGGCGGCAAACCUAACAUGGCCAAUCCCACGGAUGAGAGCGCCAUCAUCCCAGGCCCUCCCUUCCUAUUUGGCGCCUGCUCGGUGCUGCUCUCCCUGCUGGUGGCGCUGUUCAUCCCCGAGCACACCGGGCCUGGAGCUCGCCCCGGCGCCUACAAGAAGCACAGCAACGGGGCUCAGAGCCACUCGCACAGUCCGCAGGGCAGCGGGGCCGAGGGGAAAGAACCUCUGCUGGAUGACAGCAGCGUAUAACCUCGAACCACAUUUUGAACUUGUGUGUGUGAGUGUGAGAGAGAGUGUGUGUGUGUGUGUGUGUGUGUUUGUGAGGGUGUGUGAGUGGCGCUGGGGUUUCAAUCUGUUACUAACUCGUCACAUGCUGCCAGUCAGGGGGAGAUACUUACCGGGGAGCCGGGUAAGCAGACCACUGUAGAAACCACUCGGAUCAGCUCAAAGCUCUCUUCUUAGUCUUUUUUUUCCGUCAUCACUGCUUACUAGUGUUGCAAACGGGUGGAAAAUUUCCAGUAAACUUUCCAUGGCGAGUUAAGAUGGGGAAUUACGGAUAUAAUAAGCAUAAAUAGCAACGUUUAGUUUUGUCAUAAGAAGACAUCAAUGCCAAAAGGAUAACAGUAUAUAAUAAAAAAAAAAAAAAACAUGGCAUUUCAACAGAUUUAUUUGUAUUACGAACUUUAUCAAGUUUUAAAUAUUUUAUUGAAUGACCAGAGCUUUCAUUGAAGGACAAAAACCUGAAUGUUGAGUUGAGAACUGCUCAUGCCCCCACCAAAUCCAUUCAAAAACUAACAAAAUACACCCCCCCCAAAAUUCCCAUUUAACAUGUAAAUGAAAAAGCAUCUUCUCUCAAACCUUUUAAGCCUAGCCUUAAACCGUUUCACACCACAUGGUCAUAUUCAACUUUACUUGCAUGAAACCUGCUCGUUUUAGUCAGGAUGCUUAAAUAUAGUUUCCCCAACCGUAUUUACGUUCACGAAUAAGUGCCAACCUUCAUUUUGUAAAUUUCUGUUAAUUCCUAUAAAUUCCCAUGGAAACUUUCCAACUUUGAAAAUUUUCUGAAUUUUGCAACCCUACUGUUGCCAUUCAUUCUCAUUAGAGACACACACACACUGACUGUACACUUUGUUGUUUUCCCCACUUUUUUAAAUCAACAAAUGUUGCCUUGAAGUGACUUCAGAUAAAUAUAAUAAAUAUAUAGAUUUAUAUGGAUAUUACGUAACCUGUAUGACGACCGCGGUCUGAGAAGGCGCUGUAAUCUGAUCAUAUUGCUCCCAUUGGAGCCCCAAAAACGUCGUCUUUUUUUUUUUUUUUUUUUUAAGCCCCACUUUCUGCCUUCCAUCUUUCAUUUAACCAAAUUUCCCACAUUGCCUCUCCGUUUUGCCCCACUUCAUGCCUUGUACCACAAUUUUGCCCCUCUUCCUGCCUUGUUUUUGUUUUCCCCAACCUCCUCCCUGGUGUUUAAAAUGUACACCAUAUUACUGCCCCCCCCCCCCCCCCCCCCCUCCCUUGUCUUUUAAUUAUAACUUCCUCCCUCUCUGGUUUCUCACAUUUUUCCCCAUCUUCCUGCCCACUUCAUGUCUCGUCUCAAUUUUCCCCUUGCUUCCCACCUUGCGCCUAAAUUUUCAACUACGUCCUCCCUUGUCUCCAUCACAGGUUAUAUUUUAUGCGUCUAGACUGAAUACAUACUAAAAAUCAUGACGUAUUGCCAUAUAUAUGGACAUAUACUGUAAACUCCCACCAAAAAAAAAAAAAAAAAAAAGUACCCGGGACCUCUUUUAGGC